ACUGAUUCUUUCUUGACCCUAGAGGUGUCGUUAAUUGCUAGGAUCUUUUCCUCGGGCAGGGGUUUUACCAGUAUUAAAAUUUAGCAGCUUUCAUGUCUGUGUAAGUAGGUGCAUUAUUUUUGUUUGUGAGUUGUACAUUGUUAACAUUAAAUUAUCAUUCUAGUUAACGAUGUGGCAGUCAUUGUGGGAAUCGGCUAAGAAUAAUCCCUUCGGAUCGCCAUUCAAUACGGCUCGCUGCGAACCUCUGAAGGCUGGAGAGAAGUUGCUGGUUGCACGCAGAAAUGUGGACGCAGCGAAUGCAGUUACAACCCCAGAAGAUAGCUGUGAGUUUGGUUCCAAUAAGUACUUUAUGUUAUGUGGAGUCGGUGGUAUUUUGUCUUGCGGUAUUACACACACGCUUGUGGUCCCCCUCGACUUGGUGAAAUGUAGAAUUCAAGUUAACCCCGAAAAGUACAAAGGAGUGUUCAACGGCUUCAAAGUCACGUUAAAUGAAGAUGGCUCCAGAGGCUUGGCCAAGGGCUGGGCACCCACAUUCAUUGGGUAUUCCAUGCAAGGGUUAUGCAAGUUCGGUUUGUAUGAGUUUUUCAAAGUGUUGUACUCAGACAUGCUGGGUGAAGAGAACAGCUACCUCUGGAGGACAUCGCUUUACCUCGCCGCAUCUGCAUCGGCGGAGUUCUUUGCAGACAUUGCUCUCAGUCCGAUGGAAGCAGCCAAAGUCCAGAUCCAAACCAAGCCAAACUUCGUGAGCACGCUGCGCGAGGCCGUGCCCAUCAUGCUGAAAGACGAAGGCGUGUACGGCUUCUACAAGAGCUUGGUGCCGUUGUGGAUGCGGCAGAUCCCCUACACAAUGAUGAAGUUUGCGUGCUUCGAGCGGACGAUCGAGCUGCUGUACAAGUACGUGGUGCCCAAGCCACGCGCUGAGUGCACCAAAGGGGAGCAGCUGGUGGUGACGUUCGCUGCAGGCUACAUCGCCGGCGUGUUCUGCGCUAUCGUGUCGCACCCGGCCGACACGGUCGUGUCCAAGCUGAACCAGGAGAAGGGCAUCAGUGCGAUGGGCGCGGCAAAAAAGCUGGGCUUUGGGGGCCUGUGGAAGGGUCUUGGCCCCAGGAUCGUGAUGAUCGGCACGCUCACGGCUGCGCAAUGGUUCAUCUACGAUGCUGUGAAGGUGUGGCUGCGUCUUCCGCGGCCGCCCCCGCCCGAGAUGCCGGAGUCCCUCAAGCAGAAGCUCGCGGCCAAGGAACAGUGAAGCAUGUCGCAGACCAUCAAACAUUGCUUCAGGGACGUAGUAAACCUGUUAAUUUCGGGCCGUUAACAUUUUAGGACAAGUUCUAUUUACAGCACUCUUCCCAAGGAAUUCUCAACAUUGAAUUUAUCUAAGUUCAGUGUUGUAAGUCACUUGGCUGUAGUUCUACUGCAUUUCUGAUGGUAUUUUGUUUCGGAAAUGUUCUGUGUAAUUUCAGGCAUGUUUACUCAUUUAGAAACCAGUUUUCUAAUUGCAUUUUUCAAUCUUCUGCAUUCUUGUUAGCUGGAGGUAAGUGUCUACCUGCAGUAGCCAUAGGCAAUCAUUUCUUGGAAGGAAGGGUAGAAUAUUGGUUGGGCGAGCAUAGUUUUGGCUGAUUAUUAAACUGGAAGCUGGUAACUUCAUGAAAUGGUGUGUGUUUCUCAACUUUGCUACCAUGGGACAUUUACAGGAAUCCAGAUAGUGUACUCUGUUUGCUCCUAGCUUACCAAUGCAGGUUGUACAAAUUUGUACGCUACAUCAAAUUUGUCAAGUAUUUAUUUUUCAAUUAUAUAAAAAAAUUAUUACACUUAUUAUAACUGAUUCAAAAUUCAUUUGGAACAGUUUUAAUUUUUGUUACCAGCUGCUAAGGAGGAUGAAGAUACAUAAUAAUAUAAUAAUGUGAAUUUAACAUAAAUUGUACAUCUAUAAUCAAGCUUAAUGAUUUUAUAAUUUUAUGUAGCAAUGCUACUAUGCAAGCUGUAACUUAACGUUUUCUUCUGAUGAAGUUGCAAGUAGAGCAUAAUGAGAUUUGAGUAGAUGUCAAAUGUUCUAUAGUUAAGUACUAAACAGUUGAUCAAAUGCUCUUAUGAGAUUGGGUUUUUUUUGUGCUGUUCUUUAAUUGUAAGGGUGUAUUCUUUGUCAAUACAAUAAGGGUCAGUUAUUUAUUAAAAGAUAGUACCAUAACUCCUCAAAUACUUCAAGGCUGGAUGAAAGUGACUAGUCUUUUCAUGAAAGGUGGCUAUGGCGAUCCUGCAUUGUUCUUUGCAGCAAUUUGAAGUUCAAUAAAUAAAUGCACUUUUCAAGGGUCCUUUAGGCUAAAGGGCCUUAUGUAUUCUGAAACAGCCUUGAUGUAAACGUAUGCAUUCCUUUUUCUUGCAUUUAUUUUGCGCUAUUAAUUUGUUAACUUUUCUUCCAUGUAUAAAAACACAUUUACUUACAUUCCAAUUUCUUUUUGAUUCUGUGAUGGUUUAUUUAUUAAAUUCAUCCUUUCAUUGAGAUGUUUGAUGGUUGAUACGCAUUGUUGUUACUUAGGGAUUAGUGUGUAUGCUUGUUGAGAGAUGUAAAUAAAAUAAUUCACCUCUUAA